UUUUUUUUUUACGAAUGAUGCGUUCAGAAAUGAUACUCUGACGCGAUAAAUUAACAGAAAAAAACAGAUUACAUAACUGUAAAAUUAUAACGAGAUAUGGUAUAAGCAAUCUCAUCACAGUUGGUUUCAAUUCUAUAGAAAUUAGUUCGUGUUUUUCGUUGUGUUUUCAAAAUGAGAUCCAGGGUGUUGAAUUUGAUGGAAGUCGUGUCCUCUGCAUCAUGCAGAUGUCCGGCCCAUUCUUCGCCAGGUUCGCUUCGAAGUACGUUAACGAAAGGCUACACUUCUACGUUGAAUUCGAGCACUGAUAAGGAGUAUGCUUUUGAAAUGGCCUGUUCUACCAUUCGAUAUGGUCUCGAUGUAACCAAAGAAAUAGGCAUGGAUAUGGUGAACAUGAACGUAAAGAAAGUCUGCGUGAUGACCGAUCCUUACUUAAGCUCGUUGAAACCGGUCAAAGUUACUCUUGAUUCUCUAUCCAAAAAUGGAAUCGAAUUCGAACUAUAUGAUAAAGUUCGAGUCGAACCGACCGAUGAAAGUUUAGAAGAAGCCACCAAGUACGUCAGAUCCAUACAGUUCGAUGCUUUCAUAGCAGUAGGAGGAGGAUCAGUGAUGGAUACUGCCAAAGCAGCUAAUUUAUACUCUUGCGAUCCAGAUGCACCUUUGUUGAAAUACGUCAAUGCUCCGAUCGGCGACGGAACUCCGAUAACCAUACCUCUGAAACCAUUAUACGCCAUACCUACAACUUCUGGAACCGGUAGCGAGACUACAGGAGUUAGUAUCUUUGAUUAUAAACCGUUAAAAGCGAAGACUGGUAUAGCUCAUAGAUCACUUAGGCCUACGAUGGGUAUAGUUGAUCCUUUACAUACGUUAUCACUUCCUGAACGUGUGACUGCCUUCAGUGGAUUUGAUGUAUUUUGUCACGCGAUUGAAUCUUUCACAGCUAUUCCCUAUACUGAGAGGACUCCCAGACCUGUUAAUCCCAUUUAUAGACCGGCCUAUCAAGGAAGUAAUCCUGUCUCCGAUGUUUGGGCUGUGUUCGCGUUGAAUGUGAUUAGAAAGUAUUUUAAAAGAGCUGUUUAUAAUGCUGAUGAUAUAGAAGCAAGAUCAAAUAUGCAUUUAGCUUCUACGAUGGCUGGAGUAGGGUUCGGUAACGCUGGAGUUCAUCUGUGCCACGGAUUGUCUUACCCUUUGUCUGGAAAUGUUAAGAAAUUCAUCCCAGAAGGAUACAGCAAAGAUCAUCCGAUUAUUCCCCAUGGACUAUCAGUCGUGAUGUCAGCCCCAGCUGUGUUUGAGUUUUGUGCUUCCGCAUGUCCUGAACGUCAUUUAGAAGCUGCCAAGUUACUUGGAGCAGAUGUCACCAAUGCUAAAAAACAAGACGCAGGCAAGAUAUUAGCGGAUAUUAUACGUCAGUAUAUGUUGGAUAUGAAAAUAGAAAACGGUAUCGGCGCGUUGGGAUACACAAAAGAUGAUAUUCCUGGAUUGGUUCAAGGAACUUUGCCUCAACAUCGAAUUACCAAAUUGGCCCCAAGGCCCCAGUCAGAAGAAGAUCUCAGUUUAUUAUUCGAAAAUUCGCUCACAGUGUAUUAAAUUUAUUACGAUGAUAUUAUAGGUAGGUACCUAAGCAUGUAUGCAUAUUUUUUAAACGAGUAAUUUUUUUAAUCGUACAAAAUAUUGUGGUUACCAAUUUUUAUUAUGCAAAUAUUUUACUAUCGGUUAUGGAAAAUACAAUCGUGUUUGUUAAAAUAAUAAAGUAUUCGAUAUUACAA